CUUACACCCGCAUUAAGACGCGAGAAGUCACAGAGAUCGCGCGUGUUUACAUGAAACAAGUUAAUAAGUAGUUUAGUAGUUACAUAUUCAUACAAAAUGGCAAAAAUCGUUUCAACUUUAAUUCUAUUGAUUGUUAUUACCACCGUCCAAGGACAAGCACCGGAAUAUGAAGAAGUCAUAAAAGCAGCAAGGGCUGGCAAUUGGGAGCAGGUGCAAAAAAUAUUAAAUAGCAAUCUUGGGAAGCAAGCUGGAUGGAUGCCUCCUUCAUUCGAUAGCUUACGGGAGCUGAAGCCAGAAAAUGGUGGCCAUGUCUAUGGAGAAGCUGAGUACGCCUAUCAUUCUGCCUCCAACAUCAAUGGCAGAACCACGGAGCAGAGCGCUGGACAUAAAAUCAUAAACGAAGAUGGCAGAGUCAAGGAAUUUGACUUCACACCAAGCACGGACUAUUCUCCUGUUAUCCAGUCCGUCAUCUCUCCUGUCAUUCAGAAGGCCGGUGACUAUGGAGCAGCAGGUUAUAACCAGCAAUAUGCUGGAUCAGGAGCUGGUAAGCCAAAUAUAGCCGGUCAAAGAUUGAACAACAAUCUGCAACAGGAUUAUUACCCAAGAAAUUCAGCAAAUCUAGCUCUCCCUGUCCCCCACCUGAGUUUUACCAACGUGCGUGAUCUGAAGCCACCACAGGGCGGCCAUGUUUACGGUGAAGCUCAAUACGCCUACCACACAGCAUCGAACAUCAAUGGCAAGAAAUCAGAAGACUCCGGCGGACACAAGAUCAUCAACAAUGAUGGCAAAAUCAAAGAAUUCGAUUUCACACCAAAACCCAAAUUUGGUCCUCUCAAGAAAUUACCUUUAGCAGUACUUGACAAAGACAUCGGGGAAUUAAAGAGCCUAUUUCUACAGUAAUUUGGAUAAAUAUGGAAAAAUCUGAAUGCGUUUGCCAUGACUUAAAAUUUUUAUAUUAAUUUUGUUGAGGAAUCGAAAGAUAAAUUGUAAAACAAAUUAAAUACGUUUAAGAUUUCUAUAACUAUUAUUGUGGAAUAUUUGUGUAUAAAUUCAAAACUUCGAAUUAUAAAAUGAAAACCACACGGUAAAGAAAUGGAAAUACAAUAUUAAGUGAACAACGACUAACCUAAAUUAAUCAACACUUUAUACGCAGUUCGAUAUUACCUACACUAGAUAUUAAGUUAGAUAUAUUUAGUACCUACAAGAAAAAGAAAUUACAACUUCAUUUAUGCUCGUAGACAUUUUACAAAAUAGCGUAAGAAAGUUUAUGUGACGCUGUGUUCUUUUGCUAUGCGUAUAUAGCCAGGCACCAAAAAAUUACAUUGUGUAAAAAACGAAAAGGUUUGCCUCCAAAAAUUUGCGAACAGGCACAUUAUAUGCCUGUUCGCAAUUUCGCGCUUAUUCAAAUUUGUGUCUUACAGUAUUUGUAUUAAAGUACUAAAUGACGAAAAAGAUGUUGUUGCCUGAUUAAUAUUAACUCAACUUACUCUUGCUAAUAUUAUAAAUGCGAAAGUUACGAUGUUUACAAACAAACAAACUUUUUAUUAUAACUUUCGUGAGACAUUCUAAAUUAUUUAUUAUGUUUUCGGCUUACUCACGUAAUAAUUUGACGAUAUACUCGACUAGUUUCAGGAAAUUUGUCACAGGCAUAAGAUACACUCCGGAAUAGGACAUAGGCUACUUUUUAUCAACAUACUAGCGAAGCCGCGGACGAAAGCUAGUAUUAACAUAAUAUUGAGUUUGAUCGUAAGCACCAAAAUUCUAUAAAUGCGAAUUUAAUACGAAUAUUUAUAUACCUAACCUAUAAUUUAUAUUUUAACAUUUUUUAUUUUUU